AUGGCCGAUAAAACUAUCCCCCCAUCGCAUGUGAAACAAUCUCCAUCAACCACCAAGCGCAAGCCAAAGAGUAAAUCUACGACACCAAAUACCAACGACUUUCUCUGUAAAAAGCUACACAAAAGCCCAGUGUUUCAGCAAAUUCAAAUUGCUAAUUCUAAGAACAAAGCUUCUCCGAAAAUUCUAUGUUUCAUCAUGAGUCAUUCCAAAGCGACCACCAAGAUCAAUGCGGUUCUAAAGACAUGGGGACGCAAGUGCGACAAGUUGCUGAUUGCGUCCAAUGAAACUGACUCUCGUAUUGGAGCAGUCAAAAUGAAUUCAGAAGCAAGUUAUCUUGGGCUAUGGAAUAAAUUGAACGAAACCAUGACCUACAUUUGGAACGAAUUUGGAGCUGACCAAUUUGAAUGGGUACUCAAGGCCGACGACGACACCUUUGUGAUCAUGGAGAAUCUCAAGGAAUAUCUUUCGUCGUUGCCAAGCACCCGCAUGUCCUCUCAACCAUCCAUUCAUGGUCGUAGAUUCUCUUCCCCAAAAUACAAGCACUUGGAACGGGACGAGUAUUUUACAAAUCCACAAAAUGUCGACUUUGGGAAACGCUUCUACGCGAAGAUGGAUCGCAACGCGCCCGUGAUUUACAAUCAUGGUGGUUCGGCAUAUGUCAUGAAUAUGGGAUAUGUCCAGAAAUUUGUAGAAGUUAUGCAUGGGCCCGACACGGUCCACGGGACUCCAGCCGAAGACAUGGCGCAUGGAGUGGUCAUGGCCUAUCACGACCUUUGGCCAACCAAUACCCGAGACGAAUUGGGACGGGAACGCUUUCAUCCCAAAGAUCCUCAACUCAUGUACAACAUGCCCGAGGACAAGUUUCGAUUAUUCAACGACAAUCAUCAACCAACCGGUGGUUUAUCUGUGGGAGUGGACUGCUGUUCGGAGAAAUCAAUUACCUUUCAUCACAUCAAACCUAGCAACAUGAUUGCAUUGGAACGAGUAUUCUAUACCUGCCGUGGACUGUAG